UGCUCUGUAGGGUGUAGCUUUCCUCUGGGACUUCUGUGUUUGCUUUCCGUGUUGCUUUCCUCUUCCUUUUGGUCAGGAGCCUUUUUACGACCUGGCAAAAUAACACCGAGCAGCAGCACGGAAUCUGCAGGACAAAAAUGAGCCUUUGCCUUAAAUAUCCCCGAGACAAAUGGAGGUCCUUCCAUCGUCCCACUGCAGCGAGCAGAGCCAACACUGGGCAACCCUCUAAAAUGUUUAUUUGGACCAGUGGCCGGGGAUCCACAUCUUACAGACACGAUGAGAAAAGAAAUAUUUACCAAAAAAUCAGGGAUCACGACCUACUGGACAAAAGGAAAACAGUCACAGCCCUAAAAGCUGGGGAAGACAGGGCCAUCCUGCUGGGGCUGGCCAUGAUGGUGUGCUCUAUCAUGAUGUACUUCCUGCUGGGAAUCACGCUGCUGCGCUCCUACAUGCAAAGUGUCUGGACAGAAGAGACUCAGUGCUCACUACUCAAUGCAUCCAUCACAGAAACCUUUAACUGCUCAUUUAACUGCGGUCCAGAGUGCUGGAAAAUCUCUCAGUACCCCUGCCUGCAGGUGUAUGUUAAUCUCACCUCUUCUGGCCAGAAGCUUCUACUCUACCACACCGAGGAAACAAUGAAAAUUAAUUCUGAGUGUUCCUACAUCCCCAAGUGCGGGAAGAAUUACGAGGAAUCCAUGUCGCUGGUGAACGUGGUGAUGGAAAACUUCAGGAAGUACCAACGCUUCUCCUGCUUCUACGACCCCGAGGGCGUUCAGAAGAACGUGAUCCUCACCAAACUGUACAGCUCCAACGUGCUGUUCCACUCACUCUUCUGGCCCAGCUGCAUGAUGGUCGGUGGGGUGGCCAUCGUGGCCAUGGUAAAGCUGACUCAGUACCUCUCCCUGCUCUGCGAGAGGAUCCAAAGGAUCAGCAGAUAGGAAAGGACACUCCUCUGAAAUUCAAUUACAGCGAAAAUACUGUUCUUCUCAUUCUUCACCAAAGAACCUUAAGUUUGUA